AUGGCGAAAGAUGAGCAGCUUCAAGUCCUAAGCAUGCUGGACGCAGCCAAAACCCAAUUCUACCACUUCACUGCUGUUGUGAUCUCCGGCAUGGGCUUCUUCACCGAUUCGUAUGACCUUUUUUGCAUCUCCCUCGUCACCAAACUCCUCGGUCGCAUUUAUUACCACGUCGAGGGCUCAGCAAAGCCAGGCAGCCUACCACCAAACGUGGCAGCCGCGGUCAACGGAGUUGCCCUAUGUGGAACCCUAGCCGGCCAGCUCUUCUUCGGUUGGCUCGGGGACAAGCUCGGGCGUAAAGGCGCUUAUGGAAUAACCCUAAUGCUCAUGGUGGGUUGUUCUAUUGGUUCUGGUCUCUCUUUUGGUAGCUCACCAACUUCUGUCAUUGCCACUCUUUGCUUUUUCCGGUUUUGGCUAGGGUUUGGCAUUGGUGGCGACUACCCACUUUCGGCGACAAUUAUGUCCGAGUAUGCCAAUAAAAAGACUCGCGGGGCGUUUAUAGCUGCGGUUUUUGCCAUGCAAGGGUUUGGGAUUUUGGCUGGCGGGAUGGUGGCUAUUGUUGUUUCUUCUAUAUUCCGUGCCGUAUACCAUGCUGAUCCCUACUCAGUCGACCCAAUUGGGUCGACUGUACCUCAGGCAGACUAUGUAUGGAGGAUUAUUCUCAUGUUUGGAGCAGUCCCCGCGGCGUUAACUUUCUAUUCGAGAAUGAAAAUGCCAGAGACCCCUCGUUACACUGCCUUGGUAGCCAAGGAUCAAAACAAGGCUCGCCAAGACAUGGCCAAAGUGUUGAAUGUGGAGAUGAAAGAGCAACAAGAAGUAGCGCAUGCGCAGCCACAAAACAACAGGUCCUCAAAGUUUGCUCUAUUUUCCAAAAAAUUUCUUAAGAGACAUGGGUUACAUUUAUUGGGCACGGCCUCCACAUGGUUCUUGCUAGACAUUGCUUACUAUAGCCAAAACCUUUUCCAAAAGGACAUCUUCAGCGCUGUGGGAUGGUUGCCAUCAGCAAGCUCUAUGAGUGCCCUAGAUGAGCUUUACAAAAUUGCUAGGGCACAAACCCUAAUAGCCCUAUGUGGCACAGUUCCUGGGUACUGGGUCACGGUCUUCCUCAUCGAUCACAUUGGCCGAUUUGCAAUUCAGCUAAUUGGGUUUUUCUUCAUGACUGCUUUCAUGUUUCUCUUGGCAAUUCCAUACCACCACUGGACUAGACCUGAAAACAACAUCGGAUUUAUUGUCAUAUAUGGUCUAACGUUUUUCUUUGCCAAUUUUGGACCCAAUAGCACAACAUUUGUUGUACCGGCAGAGAUUUUCCCAGCAAGGUUCCGGUCCACGUGUCAUGGGAUUUCAGCAGCUGCGGGGAAGGCCGGGGCGAUUAUUGGGGCUUUCGGGUUCUUGUAUGCAUCACAAAAUCAAGACAAGUCUAAGACUGAUGCAGGGUACCCGCCUGGGAUUGGAAUGAGGAAUUCUCUCAUUGUGCUUGGUGUGAUCAGCAUUUUGGGGUUCUUCUUUACGUUUUUAGUGCCGGAGUCGAAGGGAAAAUCGUUGGAGGAGAUGUCAAGAGAGAAUGAAGAUGAAGGUGAUGAUCAAGUGCAGCCCAACAGAGUUGAGGUUACUGUUUAA